UUUUUAUUUCUCCAACGGUUUCGUAUGAUGUGAACAAUUAGGAAUAAAAGAUUGCAAGUACUCUUUGCAUCCCCAUAUAUGAAAUGAAAGUCAAGGAUUUCAUGUAAAACAAUAUCAGGACACCUCAGCAAGACACGAUUCCCAGGACGCCAUUGAAUCCCCACCCUUGUAGAAGAGGUUUACAAGCUAAAUUCAAGAUAUAAUCCCUUAACUUUCCACUUCAAUUAAGUAAAUUCCUUUGCAAAGGAGAAAAAAAAUUAAAAACAAUGUCUGUCCGAAAGGAGUAUCUUGAUUUGGUUUUGGUCCCUGGUGGGCUGCUGAUCAUGUUUGCUUACCAUCUAAUCCUCUUCUACAGAUACCUGCAUCGCCCUCACACCACCGUUAUUGGCUUUGAAAACAAUGACAAAGAAGCUUGGGUUGAAAGAAUUAUGGAGGCUGACAAGAAAGAUGUCAGUAAUGCAUUGACUGUGAUCGGGUCCAACACAUCGGCUGCGACUUUCUUGUGCUCAGUCUGUUUGACUCUCAGCUCCCUGAUCGGAGCCUGGCUUGGAAGUUCUUCAGAUAAUAUCUUUCAAAGUAAUUUAAUAUAUGGGGACACGAGGCCAUCCACCAUUUCCAUCAAGUAUAUUUGCCUUCUGACCUGUUUUCUGCUUGCUUUUUCAUGCUUCGUUCAAUCAGCCAGGAACUUUGUCCAUGCAAACUAUCUAAUAACCACACCAAACUGUGAGGUACCAGUCGAAUCUGUGAAAAUAGCUGUUCUCAGGGGAGGUGAUUUUUGGUCGCUCGGGCUUAGAGCACUGUAUUUCGCUCUUGAUUUGCUUCUCUGGUUUUUUGGUCCGAUUCCAAUGUUUGUUUCUUCUAUAGUCAUGGUAUUCAUCCUCCAUUACCUUGAUACCAACACGAAACCAAUGCACCGUUAUCGAAAUCCAACCACUCAGAAGAAGGUCACUGCUAGAAGUUCAGUUGUCUAGUAUAGGAUUUAAUUUUCAGUUCCAGGAAUUUGGAGAAAGCAUCCAACAUUCUUUUUUCACAUAUGUAAUCAUUGAUUGUUUGAAGUGAACCAACACAAGAGCUGAAGCAACUACUUGUAUUGCACA